GAAGUUGCAAACCAUAGACACCACUAUCAAACUAACGUGUGAGCAUAGCCACCGACAAGUUCUUGUUGAUUAAUGGAUAAAUUGUAAAUAGUAGAAAUUUUCUUUUAUUUAAAAUGGCACGGUCUUCAUCGAGAUUUGAUACUAAAAAAGUUAACUCGGAAUUGGUAACCUUAACUUAUGGUUCAUUAGUUGCCCAAAUGGUUAAAGAUGUUGAAAAUCCCGAUGAUGUAAAUAAACAGUUAGAUAGAUUAGGUUAUAACAUGGGUAUACGGCUGGUGGAAGACUUCCUCGCCAAGACAGGCAGCGGCCGAUGUUUGGACCUGAAAGAUACCGCAGAUAAGAUUCAAACUGCCUUUCGAAUGUACCUCGGCGUACAGCCGAACGUCGCCAAUUGGAGUCCGGCAGGAGAUGAAUUUUCAUUCAUUAUCGAUUCGAAUCCGUUGACCGAUUUAGUGGAAUUGCCAGAGGAUUUGAAAGGUUUACGUUAUUGUAAUAUUAUAUGCGGGGCAAUUAGAGGUGCUUUAGAAAUGGUACAGUUGGAUAUACAAAGUUGGAUUGUUCAGGAUCAGUUAAAAGGAGAUGCGAAUACAGAAAUUAGAGUUAAAUUUAUUCGUAAGCUUGAAGAUGCAAUACCCGCAGGGGAAGAGUAGGUUAAUUAAGUAUUAUAGCUUUAUUUAGAUUUAAGUUUCAUGUAUCUACAAUCUCUAUUAACUAAGUGGCGAAUUCUGUACGAACUUGACUUUACUUUCUAUAAACUUCGCUAAGGCUAA